GGGAUAAUCCGGUUGCUAGGGGAAGGCGGCUCCUAGCAACAUGCGAGCGGUGCGGUCCCGGCGGGGGAUGAAGGGACGGCAGAGCGGCAGCGGGGCAAACAUGUUGCCCAAGAAGAGAGGCCAGCUGCCGCUUGAUGAUAAGCCAGAGCCGCUGACCGCCGUGGAGAGGGAGCUGUACAUGAUCCAGAUCAAAGAUCUGGAGAGCACAGUGGCCAAGUACCAGGAGAGAUUAGAUGAACUGGAAGUAACAAAAAAUGACACUGCUGAAAAGCAAGAGCAGCUCGGUAAAGACUUGCACGAUGUCAUCGCCUACCUGAAGAAGGGUCUGAAUCAGAAAAUUGAUGAGAUUGCCGAUCUGAACGACAAGAUAAUUGGUUUGAAACAAGCCAAGGACAAUGAGAAAGAUGCCUACGAAACUCAGCUGACGCAUUUACAUCAUGAGUUUCAGGAAACUAAGGACCAGCUCACAUCUGAAAAUAUGAUUUUAGCUGGGAAGCUGGAUGCCCUUGAGGAGUUUCGAGUUCAGAAGGAGGAAUUGAUGGCAAAGUUUGCUGCACUUGAAGAGCAGUUAAAGAAUCAGGAGCAUAAGCACAAUGAAAUUAUUUAUAAUUUGGAGAGGAGGGCAGUGGUGGAUAAAGAUAGGUUAAAGAAGGAAUUGUUUUCACGAGUGAACGCUGUAGCUGCAGAGUUCCGUCGCGUCUCAAAAAAGCAGGUGGCAGAGACGACUAAAAGGGCCAUUCGUGAAAAUGCAUCCAUCAGCAACCAGCUGGGAAAGAUGUCAGAGAAAAGUGUAAAAAUAAUCAAGGAGAAUGAUGAGCUUAAAUUAGAAGCAAAGAAGCUGUGGCGAACCAUUAAUCUCUUGGAGGAGAGUCAGAAAGAACUGGCCAAAAAGAAUCUCAGCAACCUGAAGGUUAUCCAAAUGCUGACUGAGAAAUGCAAACAGCAGCGGGAAUCACUGGUAGACUGUGCACAGAAAGAUAAGGUGGUCCCGCAACUUGAGUUGGACAUCAAGAAACUCGAGGGAUUGAAUGAAUCUCUAAGGGAAGAAAUAACCUCUCUGAAGAAGCAGUUGGAAGCAAAGCAAUCUCAUUUGGAGAAUCAGAGGAGCCUCAUGGAACAACAGGAAAUGCGCAGGAAACAGGUGGAGAAAAUCCUAUCCGAUGCUGCCUAUGCUUUGAAAGAUGCUCUACAGGACAAAACAGAAUGUGUGGAUGAAGCCUUUCCUACUACCAAUCUAGAGAAGACGGAUUUGGAGGUGCUGCUGUACACUCAGCGCAGUCAAAUGAUGCAGAAACUGCUGCUAUUACUGAACAGUGCAGCCAUACUCGGACUUGGGCCUUCGCUGGGGGAGUUCAUUAAAGACAAGCUACCUCUCUUAGAACACAAACCUCCAAACCUGCAGGGGAGAUAUGCUUCAGCCUCUGCUGCCAUCAAAGGGCCAGGCAUUCUGCCCCAUUAUAAAGUAGGUGAUCUGGGUCUGGUUCCCAGGCCCAAACAAAUGACUCGCAGCGUCGCUGAAAAAGUGGGCCAGCUGUCGAAGACAACACGUCUUGAUUUACUCAGGCCAUUUUCGCAAUCAGCACCAACCCAAAUGGCAUGUUUGCCUAAGGAGUCAGCUACUGCAGAUCAGGAAAUGCAGGCUUCGAUCCUGCCCAAAAUUGCUGCGGCAUGCUGCCUUCAAGACCAAGUUUGUAAUCAAACUAGUUAGUUUUUAAUAAUUGUUGGCAAGUUAAUAGCUAACCUCAAUUAGAUUAAUUGUCAAAUAGUAUUCUCUCUGAAUUUAUUGUUCUUUGUCCAUGAUUUUGAUCUC